AUGGGCUCCUCGUCUCCUCCUCCUCCUCCUCCUCCUCAUUGUCUUCUUAUAACUCUCACGCUGUUGUUCUUGACUCUCUCACGUGCCCUUCCGGCUACCGCUCUGAAAGGUGUCGACCUUGGAAAUCCAACUAUAGCUGUCAAUCCAUCCUUACUGAUUGGACGCUUGCCUAUCAGUAGUAAUUCAAAAGAUGCUUUAUACUGUGAACGAGUAAAAGUAAGUGGCCACUCAAGAUUAGAGCUUGGGAGUUAUCCUAGUUCCUUUCGAGUUACUUUGGUUCCAGCUACUGUAAUCCCGGAGAGAUUGCAUGGCAAAAUUCAGGUUUGUUUUCACCGGAAUGCCUCCCUUGGAUUAUGUCAUUGUGAAAAGGAUGAAUGGAAAGCUGUUCAAAAGGGACUGUGGAGCUCUGUCAUGUCACCCUAUGAGGAAAGAUAUGUUGAUGUGAAGUUCACUGGUGAAAUUUCUGGUUCUGUCACAAUCGCUGUUCAAGAAGAUUCGCAGCAAUGGCGCCUCUUGUGUCUAGCAGUGGGGUUUCUUUUAUUACUGCUGGCACCAAUUCUCAGCUGCUGGGUUCCUUUCUAUUAUAGCACCUCGAUGACUAUUGGUGUUUUGGUUGUUGUUAUAAUCAUACUUUUCCAGGGAAUGAAAUUAUUGCCAACUGGAAGGAAAAAUAUCUUCUAUCUUUCCAUAUAUGGAUCAGUGCUUGGAGUUAGCACUUUUGUUUUACAUCACAUUUCGAUGCUGGUAAAUUCCAUUCUCAUCAACUUUGGGCUGAGUAAAGGGAUGCACAAUCCAGUGUAUGUCUCUGUAUUGGUCGGGAUCGUUCUUGCAGGAGCUGCUUUAGGGUACUGGAUUGUGAGGAAAUUUGUGAUAUCAAAAGAUGGAAAUGUAGAUGUUGGUGUAGCCCAGUUUGUGAAAUGGUCGAUGCGCAUCAUUGCAACUAUUUUUAUUUUGCAGAGCACUGUUGAUGCUCCAUUCGCAAUGGCUGCGUUGCUUUCUUCAUAUGCUAUCUGCUUUCUUAUCAAUGCAACGAGUCGGCGUCAUCAAGUGAUGUCAAAGUCACCUAUUGAACAAUUGCCUUCCAACAAUCUUCUUUUUACUCGAUAUUCAUCUGCAAAUGAUGCGGAGCAACUUGUGCUUCAAUAUAUGGAGGACUUGAAUCGCUGCAAAUUGAAGAAAAGGGCGUAUGGCCGUGUCACUUCCAGCACGCCCGUGCUAGAUUCUAAGAAUCUAGGACACGCCUGUGUCAGGUCAAGCACGCCCAUGCCAGCCUUUGAAAGUCCAGGGAACGAGACAUGCUCAAGUCUAAGGAACACAGGCACGCCCGUGCCCCAAUCAGUCUACCCGUGCUAGCCCCUAAGAAUCCAAGCACGCCUGUGCCAACGAGUCCAGUUAUGAUUCGAGUUCCGGCACGUCCGUGUCAUGCCAAGCACGCCCCGUGCUAUCCUCUGGGAGUCCAAGCACGCCCGUGUCGCUGUCCUUACUAGGGUUUUGUUUAAUUACGAUUUUUAGUGAUAUUUUUAGGGUCUAAAUGUUUUAGUCUAAACCUAUAAAUAGGUUAUUUUGUAU